CUGGAAAACAUUUGGCAAACAAAGAUGAGAUCAAAGGAAUUUGUUGGGCUUCAUGGACCUGUGUGAUAGGAUCAGAAGUAAAUGGAAUCUGGCCAAAGUACAGUGAUGUUACAGAUAUUAACUCUGUAGAUGGAAAUUAUAAUAAUACAGUUUUAGUGACUGGAGAUGAUUUUGGACUAGUAAAAUUAUUCAGAUUUCCAUGUCUUAAAAAAGGUGCAAAAUUUAGAAAAUAUGUUGGCCAUUCUGCUCAUGUUACAAAUGUCCGCUGGUCACAUGACUUCCAAUGGGUAAUCAGUACAGGAGGUGCAGAUCAUUCUGUUUUUCAAUGGCGGUUUAUUCCUGAAGGUGUAACAACUGGAAUCCUUGAAGCAGCCCGUAUAGAAUGUGGCAUAGAUUCAUACAGUGAAGAAUCAGAUUCUGAUUUAUCAGAUGUGCCAGAAUUAGAUUCAGAUAUUGAACAAGAAGCUCAAAUCAAUUAUGUUCGGCAGGUUUACAAAGAAGAUCUACCUCAAUUGAAACAACAACGUAAAGAGAAAAGCCACUCAGUGCCCUUCCUUAAGAGAGAGAAAGCCCCUGAUGACAGUUUAAAGCUGCAAUUUAUACACGGUUAUAGAGGCUAUGAUUGUCGAAAUAAUUUAUUCUACACACAGACUGGAGAAGUGGUCUAUCAUAUUGCUGCUGUUGCUGUGGUGUAUAAUAGACAGCAGCACACCCAAAGACUAUAUCUUGGUCAUGAUGAUGACAUUCUCAGCCUUGCUAUCCAUCCUAUGAAAGAUUAUGUUGCUACUGGACAGGUUGGGAGAGAUGCUGCUAUUCACAUUUGGGAUAUACAGAUGCUCAAAUGUUUGUCACUGCUAAGAGGCCAUCACCAAAGGGGAAUAUGUGCGCUUGACUUUUCAGCUGAUGGGAAAUGCUUAGCUUCAAUUGGAUUAGAUGACAAUCAUACCCUUGUACUGUGGGACUGGAAAAAGGGAGAAAAGAUGGCAGUGACCAGGGGUCACAAAGAUAAGCUCUUCGUAGUAAAGUGCAACCCUCAUCAUGCUGAUAAACUAGUGACUGUUGGAAUAAAGCACAUCAAAUUUUGGCAACAAACAGGUGGUGGUUUUACCUCAAAACGUGGCAUGUUUGGAAAUAUUGGGAAGCAGGAAACCAUGAUGAGUAUUUCCUAUGGACGGAUAGAGGAUUUCGUUUUCUCUGGAUCUGCAACUGGAGAUAUUUACAUCUGGAAAGAUGUUUUGUUGGUUAAGACAGUAAAAGCUCACGAUGGCCCUGUAUUUGCUAUGCAUGCUUUAGAUAAGGGCUUUGUGACAGGUGGGAAGGAUGGCGUUGUGGCACUUUGGGAUGAUACAUUUGAGAGGUGCUUGAAGACAUAUGCCAUCAAAAGAGCAGCACUCUCUCCUGGGUCUAAAGCUGAUGGGAAAUGCUUAGCUUCAAUUGGAUUAGAUGACAAUCAUACCCUUGUACUGUGGGACUGGAAAAAGGGAGAAAAGAUGGCAGUGACCAGAAAAUCUGUUGAGUCUGAUUUCUGUAAACUUCUUUGUGUUCAAGGGAAGUUACUACAAGUCAAUUCUGGUGCCAAAGAACAAAUCUUCUUUGAAGCUCCAAGAGGAAAGAGGCAUAUAAUAAGAGCCACAGAGGGUCAGCAUGCCAAGUUUAAGAAGUAUGUGGGUCAUAGUUCCCAUGUCACCAAUGUCCGGUGGUUACAUAAUGAUUCUGUGCUGUUGACAGUGGGUGGUGCUGACACUGCCCUGAUGAUCUGGACUCGAGAAUUUGUUGGAACCCAGGAAAGCAAGUUAGUUGACAGUGAGGAAUCAGAUACUGAUGCAGAAGAAGAUGGAGGUUAUGACAGUGAUGUUGCACGUGAAAAAGCAAUUGAUUAUACUACAAAGAUCUAUGCAGUGAGCAUCCGAGAGAUGGAAGGCACAAAGCCACACCAACAAUUAAAGGAAGUUUCAGUAGAAGAAAGGCCACCAGUCAGCAGAGCUGCUCCUCAACCCGAGAAACUACAAAAGAAUAAUAUCAACAAAAAAAAGAAAGUGGUUGAGGAACUGUGUUUAGAUCAUGUCUUUGGAUAUCGUGGAUUUGAUUGCCGCAAUAACCUUCAUUACCUCAAUGAUGGUGCUGAUAUUAUUUUCCAUACUGCAGCAGCAUGCAUAGUUCAAAAUCUCUCAACAGGAAGUCAAAGUUUCUACCUGGAACAUACAGAUGACAUCCUCUGCCUAACAGUCAACCAACACCCAAAAUAUAAAAGUAUUGUGGCCACCAGCCAGAUUGGUGCUAAAAUUGCAAGCAGAGGAGGUCACCUAGAGAGAAUCUUUGUUGUAGAGUUUCGUCCAGAUUCUGAUACCCAGUUUGUUUCUGUUGGAGUAAAACACAUGAAGUUCUGGACUCUUGCUGGAAGUGCUUUGCUCUAUAAAAAGGGAGUGAUAGGUUCGUUGGAUGAUGCGAAAAUGCAAACCAUGCUUUCGGUGGCAUUUGGAGCAAAUAAUCUCACUUUCACUGGUGCCAUCAAUGGAGAUGUUUAUGUGUGGAAAGAUCACUUUCUAAUUCGACUUGUGGCAAAAGCUCACACUGGCCCCGUCUUUACGAUGUAUACCACUCUUCGUGAUGGGCUCAUAGUUACUGGCGGGAAAGAGAGACCAACGAAAGAAGGAGGGGCUGUAAAACUAUGGGAUCAAGAGAUGAAGCGCUGCAGAGCCUUUCAACUUGAGACGGGACAGAUUGUGGAAUGUGUGCGCUCAGUGUGUCGAGGAAAGGGUAAAAUUUUAGUGGGGACCAAAGAUGGAGAAAUCCUUGAAGUUGGAGAAAAAAAUGGUGCUUCUAAUCUUCUAAUUGAUAGCCACAUGGAAGGAGAAAUUUGGGGCCUGGCAACUCAUCCAUCCAAAGAUAUAUUCAUAUCAGCUAGUAAUGAUGGGACUGCAAGGAUCUGGGACCUUUGUGAUAAAAAACUUCUGAAUAAAGUUAAUUUGGGCCAUGCUGCAAGAUGUGCUGCCUACAGUCCAGAUGGCGAGAUGGUUGCUAUUGGCAUGAAGAAUGGAGAGUUUAUUAUUUUGCUUGUCAACAGUCUUAAAGUUUGGGGCAAAAAAAGAGAUAGAAAAUCUGCUAUCCAGGACAUCAGAAUCAGCCCUGAUAAUCGGUUUUUGGCAGUGGGUUCACAGGAACAUACUGUAGACUUCUAUGAUCUCACACAAGGCACAACCUUGAAUCGAAUCGGCUAUUGCAAAGACAUCCCAAGUUUUGUCAUUCAAAUGGAUUUUUCAGCAGAUGGCAAAUACAUUCAGGUAUCAACUGGUGCCUACAAACGGCAAGUCCAUGAGGUGCCACUAGGAAAGCAAGUGACAGAUACAGCAUUUAUUGGAAAGAUCACAUGGACUACCUGGACAAGUAUCCUUGGGGAUGAAGUCAUUGGUAUUUGGCCCCGAAACGCAGAUAAGGCAGAUGUCAACUGUGCCUGUGUGACCCAUGCUGGCUUGAACAUUGUCUCUGGAGAUGACUUUGGGCUAGUCAAACUCUUUGAUUUUCCAUGUACUGAAAAAUUUGCCAAACAUAAGCGUUACUUUGGUCAUUCUGCACAUGUCACCAACAUACGCUUUUCUCAUGAUGACAAGCAUGUUAUCAGCACAGGAGGAGAUGACUGCAGGUAAGGUUUUGCAUUGUGAGGGCUGUUAUGAUGCUGAGUUCAGUACAGAUAGUCCUCGACUUACAACAGUUCAUUUAGUGACCAUUCAAAGUUGCAGCGGCACUGA